GGGAGAAACUCAGGGGAUUCCAUGGAUGUUUCAAGAACCCUGGAAUUCAGGAAGGGGACUGUACAAAAUCCUGUUUUCAGGUUCUCAGGAAGUUUUGACAGGACAUGAUGGGAUCCUGCUAGAAAUAUGCAAGCAAGAGAUGGAUAUGCAGCCUAGCAGGCAUCAAACCGUUCUCCAGGUAGAAGCAGUUCAGGAUUGGGCCAAUUCUGUGGAAGUAGGAAAUAUGGAAUGGAAAGCUAACAUUGUAGAGCUGAGGCCUAAACCGAUCAUAAGAACC